UUUUUUUUUCUGUAUAAUAAUCUAUACUGUAAAUGCAUUUAUGAGACUGUAGAAGAUACAUCUUUGAUCCCUUCUUACAUAACACAAAAAGAAAGAAUUUGUUAGAAAGCGUGCAAACAGAGGCAUUAGAUCCUAAACCAGUUGAAAUUCUCGAUAUACACAGUUCACGCACACAACCAUCCACUAUAUUUAUUCAAUUAUAUACUUAUUUCUAAAGAAAGAGUAUAACCCAAUAUGAACCAUUAUAACUCCUCGACAUUAAUUGAAACGACAUCACCUACCGACAUCUCGCAACAACCAACAAUAGACUCGACAAUAACAACACCGACAAUAAAUUGUGCGAGAUGUAAUUUACCACUAGACGACGAACUUGUCACAGCACUAGACGGUGCCUUUCAUCCUGAAUGCUUUACAUGCAUGGAUUGUGGUGCUCCAGUGGCACAAAGAUAUCUGCCGCAUCCCGACGAUCCAAAACAGCCAUUAUGUGAAAAGGAUUACUUCAAGCGACUCGAUUUAGUGUGCGCGCAAUGUGGGGAUGCUUUACGUGGAACAUACAUUAUUGCACUCGAUAAGAAAUAUCAUACAGAUCACUUCACCUGUAACGAUUGUUCAACUGUAUUUGGGGCAGACGAUUCUUAUUACGAACAUGAAGGAAAGGUCUAUUGUCAUUUUCAUUAUUCGACUCGGUUUGCAGUGAUGUGUGCGGGAUGCGACAUGGCUAUUUUAAAGCAGUAUGUUGAAAUUGAAAAGCCUGAUUCAGUCGAUCAUUGGCAUCCAGAAUGUUAUAUGAUACAGAAGUUUUGGAAUGUUAAAAUUGCGCAUCCUUCACAACGAGAAAAUGAUACGACAACUGAUCCUCGUGAUCAACAAAAAUUAUUGACGCCAGUUGAAUUACUUCAAAUUCAGAAAGAAACAGAAGAAAAGGUGAUAAGCAUAUGGUCAGUGCUAUCAGCAUUUGAAGAAUCCUCGGCUGUAUGUAUUUCUGAAAUGUUAUUACAUGUCUCUAAUGGCGCAUAUAUCGAAAGUAUUUGCUUGUCAGAGAGAUUCUUGGUGCAUGUUGAAUCUCUGUUUGCCGGUAUUGAUAUCAUACGAAACAUAUACCACGAAUACCAACAAACUGAGUUCAAAUAUACACGAGAAGCAAAGAUGCUAUGCAAAAAAAUCAUCAAUUUUUUCUCCUUGUUGUCAAGAACUGGAGAUAUGGAAAUGAAGAAACUAGGCAUAACUCAGGAACUAUUAUCGUUAGUCACUGGUUUAGCUCAUUAUUUAAAAGUGCUGAUUAGACUUGCUUUAGCAUCAGCAUUACGCUUAGAAAUAGCAGUUGGUAAACCUGUUGUUAUUUCAAGCUUAUUAGCAAAGUUAAUGGAAAUUCCCAGGAAAGAACGACAUAGUCGAGAUUGUCAAAGACUAAUUAAACCAAAGAACACAGAUUAUUGUCAGCUGUGUAAAAAUACAAUUGAGGAUCAGUGCGUGAAAUACAAUGAUUAUAGAUGGCAUAUUCAUUGCUUCAAAUGUAGACAAUGCUCACGACAGUUAGAUGUACACGAUUCGACGUAUUACAAUACGGCAUCUUCAACAAUCCAUUGCUCAGACUGUGCUCCUGAAAGCGGCCUCGCUCAAAAAGACAUUGUUUCUUUUGAGUAUAUUACCAAACUAACACAGUACAGCUUUCUAUUAAGGGUUGCGCUUAGCAGACUAUGCAACUUACUACAAAUAACUGACAGUCAGCUCUCUUCCGUAGACUGCUCGGCAAAAACAAAAUUAAGUAGCAACCGUUUUAAAGAUGUUCAGAAUUCAACUUCGGUAGAGAAACAACUUAGGUUGAUAGCCGACGAGAAAAAUAUCAACAGCAGUGAUAAUGUCUACCCUAUUGAAAUAUUAGAUGCAAAAAAGACAAUAACCACCAGCACCAGCACUCAGCUUGAUCGAAAAAUUUCGAAAUCAUUUAAAACUGCAAACAAACGUUCGACAAUGAUUGGCAAUGCUGAUUUGGUUGCAUCUAUUAAAGCCCAACAGGUUCAUUCAGGAUCUUCAACAGAUAAUUCUAUCCCGCCUACGCGUAUGGAUAGUUUGCAACUUCGUAUAGCUGUUGAUCAACACAAAGAGCUGCCCAACUUGCCAGCACCACCACCGCGUAAUCCUACGCGGCAUCGGCCUACGCACAGUAUUGGCUUGGAUGAUUUACCCCAAAUUGCUGCUGCUGCCGUAGCAGAUGCUGUUAACCGCUCCAACUCCAGUCACUCAUCUCACACCACCACCAUCCAAAAACAUCAACACAAUAAUACCCUAUCCAGUAUUCCUGCGUCCAUUCGCCUUACCGGUGGUGGACUUGGUUAUGCUGGCGGUAUGAGCACCGCGGCAACUGGCCUUGGUCAUCCACGCAUUUUCUUAUCUGAACUCUCUGCUCUUCAAUACAUGAUCAUUCGGUACGUUGCCGUCGUUCAUAUUGAGCCUUACGUCCGAUCCUCCUUCUCGUCCAGCGAGUUACUGAAUCUGGUUGAAACAAAGAAAACGUCGAUUUGGGGCAAAUUUUUUCCUCCUUUCAUGAAAAAUAAAAAAGCCCAAGCGCCUAAACCAAAAGAAGAGGGUACAUUUGGCGUCCCGUUGGAUACCUUGACAGAACGUACAGGAGUUGAAUCAAAUUUAGGAGCAGGGCAUUCUCCUAUCAAAUUGGCUGCUUUUGUGGAUGAUGCGAUCACAGCCAUGCGACAAAUGGAUAUGACAGUGGAGGGUGUGUUUCGUAAAAAUGGCAAUAUCAGGCGUUUAAAGGAAUUGCAAGAUGCUUUGGACAGAAACCCCAAUGAAGUGGACUUGACACAAGAGACAGCGGUUCAAGUGGCGGCUUUAUUGAAGAAAUUUCUGCGUGAAUUGCCUGAUCCUCUUUUGACUUACAGAUUGCAUCCAUUAUUCCUUUGUUGUGAACGCAUCGAGAAUCCUACGGAGCGCAAACGUGCCUUGCACUUGGCCUGUUGUAUGUUGCCUCGUUGUAAUCGGGCUACGAUGGAAGUAUUGUUUGUUUUUCUAAGGUGGGUUGCUUCAUUCUCUCACGUCACUGGUGACGUUGGUAGUCGUAUGGAUAUUCCAAAUCUGGCUAGAGUGAUAGCACCUAAUAUUUUGAGAAAUAAUCACAAUGACCCAUUGAAAGAUGACUCCUUUGCUUGUAUCAAUGUUAUUGAAGUUUUGCUUGAAUCUUAUGAGGAAUUCUGCCUGGUCCCGGAUGAUCUCGAAAUAUUUUUAAAGGAUCCCAACUUUAGCGAUGUCGAUAUAUCACCGAAAGAAUUUCUAAAGCGCGUAGAACAGACUGUCAAACUUAAAAACUCAUCCUCAUCUAAUCUCAGCUCCUCCUCGUCAAAGUCAAGCAUGCACUCGACGAGUAACAAUACUACGUCCAACACGACCACCAAUACUACUCUUACGACUGCAACCGAACCGAACAGUGUCAGACUCUUCGAUGGCAUCACGGAUGGUCGAUCGCAUUCACCCACUUCCAUUUACGCACAACCUCAAUUCUUACCGUAUACCAAUCAUCAUCCUAACUCUGAUUUCGUACCUCAACAGUUAAAUAUGAGACACCAUCAAGCUGACAAUAUCAAUUUUUUACCUUCCCCUCCACGACGUGUUGAUAGUCAUGAAUCCUUUGCUUCCGCCAUUACCAAUAACUCUUACCGCGUUCAUCAAAGACAACCAUAUUAAGCAACUUUCCCUUCUUUUUUUUUUUUUUUUUUUUUU